AUGCCAGUUCCUAGGUGUCCCAUUCUGAGCUUCCCUCUUCAACAGGAAUCUGAGGACUCUUCCUUAGAGUUCCUAGAUGAAGGAGGUUUUUGUUACCCAUUUCCCCCUUUUUUACCAAAUGUCACUUGCCAGCCUUUCCUUAUUCCAGGACCCCCAGAAUCAUCCAAUAGUGAUGCCGUUGUCUUACACCAGUUUCCUGGGCCCCUGGAAGUUCCUCAGGCCUCAGAAGCUACUACUGGAUCUUACCACGUCGCCCCUGCACAGGUCUUCCCAUCCUCAUCGCCUAUGAAUAUCUCAUCGUCUCCCAAUCCUGACAGUCCCUUCGCUGCAUCCACCGACUCACCCAGUAUGCCGCCUCUCGCAUCGGAUGUCUCUGACAAUGGCAGCCUCAACCACGCUCCCAAUCUACGGUUACUAGCCGACGCCAGCGAGUACAUUACAGCGACAGAAGGAUAUAGCAGCGAUCCCCAGGAGUUUGUAGUCUACAGUGACGACGUUCUCCAAUGA